AUGUCGUUCCUCUUUCCAACUGCGACCGAUUACAAGGACGAUGUGCUGAACCGGCUGUAUAGGAUUCGGAAUAUAAAUAAAACUCUUGAUAAAUAUAAGAAUAAAGCAGAUAACAGAGAUAUCAAAAUCUUGAUUUCACAAAAUAUGGAAGCCUUAAAAAGAGCUAAAAAGGAAGUAUGAAUAUAAUUUAUGAUCCAUUCAAUAAUGCAAAUCAGACUCACAAACCUUUAUUAUCAAAGGCUCGCAAAUUAAAGCGUAAGAAGCUUGCAAAGCAAAAUCUAUUUCUCCAACAAAAGGGGAAAAUAGCAAUAAAAUAACCAGAACCGUGAUAUUCUUCUUGGGAAGCUUGAGACACUUCUACCAAACAAGACUGGAAAGCAGGUAAAGGUAAACCCAAAUCUGUUCAAUCCUUUCUCUCCAAUACUGCCGUCCCCAUUUGCCCAAAAAGAGAAGGACAAUAGUUAUUGCACAAAUCUUUACAAGAAGAUAGAACAUUAUACAGGCGCUAAAAGAAGCUCAUUCAAAAGGUCUAAGAUGAAUGAUAAUUCCAUCCCAAGAGACAGGACGAGGCUGUUUUCUCCGCUUGUGAAACCUGAUCGGACUCUCGACAUAGUAAAUCAUCAGAGGAACAAUGCCAGGAGGUUGCUUCAGAAUAAAAGUUUACCAAGAGGGAAUAAAAUUAACGAAUCUACAUAUUCCUUGUCAAAUGGCCGAGUUCUAAACCCUGUGCAAGCAAUAGUCCAAAGAGCAAUAAGCAAUUAUUCACCAAGCAAUUUUUCAGAUGUUAAAGUUCAAAAUUUAGAUUAUACUAUACAGAGAAGUAGAAUGCAGCCUAAUCUGAAGAUCAAGUCAUCCUCUCCUAAAAGAGAUGCUGAUCCAAAAUUGAGUGAGAGUUCUUCUAUUGCUCAUCCUCAUAAUCUUGACCAUAAAUUCUCAGAAAUCGAGAUAUCUAUUUUUAACAACAAAGCUAAAUAAGAAAAAAUUAAAGCAAAAUCUUCAUAAAUGUAAAGAAAAUGCUAGGAAGAAUAACAACAGCCAACUUAGGAAAUCCAGAAAUAUUUCUAAUCCAAAAGCAAGGAAUAUUGUCUUUUCAAUCAAUAAAGGGUCAAAACAAAUUACUCAAAGGAAAGAGGAGAAAGAUAAGUUACAUGGAGAGAGUGAGAUUGACAGGAGCCAGGUUGAUAAAGAUAAGAUAGACCCCAUCAAGAUAAAUUUAUCAAUUUCCCAUCUUGCCACACAAUUCCCAAAGAAAAAGCAAAUAAAGAAUUUAUACUUCAGAAAGAAGCUGAAACGCAGAUCAAAAUCCCGUUCCAAGUCAAAAAUCCGGCCCAAAACUGCCUAUCGCGAGAUUUCACUAGAAACAAACUCCCCACCACCCAACCCUCCACACCACUAACCACCACCCCAAAAAUAACCUCAAAUCUCUCCAUCCUCAAUCU